AUGAAGGUCCUUGGCUUGUUAGUUGCUGCAUUUUUGGUGACAUGCCCAUGCCAUGCCUCAGACUACCGAGUCUUCCCUCUCCAAAUGAAAACUGCCUAUCAUGACCAGUACCCUACCGAGGUAUCAUGCGCAAGUUGGAGACUUGCUGUUGAGGCAAACAACCUCAUCAAAUGGAAAACUGUGCCUGCACCAUGCCAAGAGUACAUGGCAGACUACCUUCUUGGCGACCAAUAUAGAUCAGACUCCAAAACUGUUUGCCGUGAGGCUUACUUUUUUGCUAAAACUCUUAAUGUCACUCACAGAGACAUAUUUGUGUUUGACGUAGAUGACACUACACUCUCUAAUCUUCAAUAUUUUGCCAACCAUGGUUUUGGGGUGGAAGAACAUAAUGCUACGGCUUUUAAGAUCUGGGUUUCCUAUGGUGAGGCAUUUGCACUUCCUGAGACUCUUAAACUGUACAACAAACUGCUGUCUCUGGGGAUCAAGAUCGUGUUCUUGACAGAAAGACCACUAGAGCUGAAGGAUGUAACUAUUUCCAACUUAAAGGAUGUUGGAUUCCACACAUGGGAAAAAAUAAAGGAUCCAUCCAUAUACUCUGGUAAGUUAUCAAAUGCUUUCAAAUCUUCUGAGAGAAAGAAGCUGGCAGAAGAGGGAUACAGAAUCGUUGGAAACAUCGGAGAUCAAUGGAGUGAUCUUGUGGGAGAGCAACGAGGGCUUAGGACCUUUAAGCUGCCAAAUCCCUUGUACUAUGAUUGA